AUUUACAUCUUUAGGUUGCACGCUACCGAAUCAUGCAGCAUAUUCUAAAGAUCAGAGAACAACAUUCAGUCCUGGAGAAAGUUUAAACAACUUUCAUUGUGAUCAUGGUUAUAUUCUGUCUUCCGAGAACGGAAUGACAUGUCGACAUGAUGGAUCUUGGUCAGAAAUUGUAACAUGCAUUGGAGGUUGUACACUGUCUGAUGAUCCACGAUAUACUUACACGGACAAUGAUGGUUUUGACAAAGAUCCAGGCUCAUUUAUUUCUGAUGGAACUACAUUGACAGUAGCAUGUACAACACUGGAUUUCUAUGAGUAUUACACGAAUUAUGAUUACGAUUAUGAUAACAAUUCAACAUCAACGAUAACUUGCACGAACAACACGUUAUCUGAUUUUGAUCUAGAUUGUCCUGAAGGCUGCACACUUCCGAAUAAUGCAGCAACUUACAAAGGUCAAGGAACAACAUUCGGUCCUGGAGAAACUUUAAACAACUUUUUUUGCGGCCAUGGUUAUGUUCUGUCAUCCAAAACAGGAAUGACAUGUCGACAUGAUGGAACUUGGUCAGAAAUUGUUACAUGCAUUAAAGGUUGCACGCUUCCAAAUCAUGCAGCAAAUUCUAAAGACCGAAGAACAACUUUCAGCCCUGAAGAAAUUUUAAACAACUUUUAUUGCAAUCAGGGUUAUGUUCUAUCAUCACAAAACGGAAUGACAUGUCGACAUGAUGGAUCAUGGUCAGAAAUUGUUACAUGCAUUCAAGUUUGCACACUUCCCAAUCAUGCAGCUAAUUCUAAAGAUUGGAGAACAACUUUCAACCCUGGAGAAACUUUAAACGACUUUUAUUGCGAUCAGGGUUAUGUUCUAUCAUCACAAAACGGAAUGACAUGUCGACAUGAUGGAUCAUGGUCAGAAAUUGUUACGUGCAUUCAAGUUUGCACACUUCCCAAUCAUGCAGCUAAUUCUAAAGAUUGGAGAACAACUUUCAACCCUGGAGAAACUUUAAACGACUUUUAUUGCGAUCAGGGUUAUGUUCUAUCAUCACUACACGGAAUGACAUGUCGACAUGAUGGAUCUUGGUCAGAAAUUGUUACAUGCGUGAAAGUUUGCAUACUUCCCAAUCAUGCAGCUAAGUCUAAAGAUUGGAGAACAACUUUCAACCCUGGAGAAACUUUAAACGACUUUUAUUGCGAUAAGGGUUAUGUUCUAUCAUCACAAAACGGAAUGACAUGUCGACAUGAUGGAUCAUGGUCAGAAAUUGUUACGUGCAUUCAAGGUUGCACACUUCCAAAUCAUGCAGCAAAUGUUAAUGAUUGGAGAACAACUUUCAACCCUGGGGAAACUUUAAACAACUUUUAUUGCGGUCAGGGUUAUGUUCUGUCAUCAGAAAACGGAAUGACAUGUCGACAUAAUGGUUCAUGGUCAGAUAUUGUUAUGUGCAUUCAAGCUUGCACACUUCCAAAUCAUACAGCAAAUUUUAAAGAUUGGAGAACAAUUCUCUUCCCAGGAGAAAUUUUACACAACUUUUAUUGCGAUCAGGGUUAUGUUUUAUCAUCACAAAACGGAAUGACAUGUCAACAUGAUGGAUCUUGGUCAGAAAUUGUUACAUGCAUUAAAGAUAAUUCAGACGUAUCUUGUGGAAUGACCAAGCCACAAUUAACAAAGCUAUCUGGCCAAGAAGCAAGGUAUGAAGAAGAUGCAAAGAGACACGCUUGGCCUUGGAUGGCAGAGCUAAGGACGGGGGUUAAACACGUAUGUGGAGGAUCCUUGAUUAAAAACAAUUGGAUUUUAACAGCAGCACAUUGUUUCACAAGUAAAAGAGUUGUUUCCAAAAUUCAUUUGAAAAAGCUGGAACGGAAUAAUGCUGAUUACGACGAUUACAAUGUAGAAAAAGAGAAUAUUUACAUACAUGAACAAUACAACGAAGAAGUGCGCCCAAAGCACCUGUAUGAUAUUGCUCUAGUUAAUCUCAAAAAGAACAUAACUGCCACUCCAGCAGUGCUGCCUGUCUGCUUAUGGAACGACGUAAUUAAAAAUGAAACAGAUAAUACGGAUUACAAGACGUUCUUUGAAAGUGAAAAACGUUACGGCGUUGUUACAGGCUGGGGAAACGGCGAUACAGAAGAAGACUUGGCAGAUACGCUUAAACAAAUGCAAUUGGAAAUUAAACACCCAAACGUGUGUGAAGCAAACCUUAGCGAGGAUCAAAAGAAAGAUGUUAAUGGAAGUCUGAUGUUUUGUGCUGGAGGAACAGACGAGGUCAAUGGUGAAGUUAAGAUAAUCGACACAUGUACAGGAGAUAGCGGUGGACCAUUUGUUGUCAGACAUCCUCUAAAUGAAAAUAAAUACAUUCAAAUUGGAAUUGUGUCAUUUGGUUUUGGUUGUAAAGAGGAGGGGAAGUUUGGAUUCUACACAAAACUUACAGAAGAACUGCUUACAUGGAUAGAUGAUACGAUUAAGAAUGCGGAACAGAAGAAGCAGUGAUCAAAUAAACUGUUCAUAUUUCGAUGUUAGACCCCUUUAGUCAAGGCACAAAGCUUAAUGAUUAAAGGCUAACCAACAAAUAUUGUAAAAAGUGUUCCCUUUGAACAGACAAUUUAGCUGAAUUUAUGGAUUUGAAGCAAGAUGUGAAAUGUGUGACUCUUGUAUUUGUUGAGAUUGUUCGAUGUAUCAUUUGAGAUGUAGAUAACUUAAUUUCUGGAGCUGCGUAUUGUGUACCUUUUUGUCAUAUGUCAUAGAAAUACCUGACCUAAACGUAAAAUGUAUGCAACACAACAGAUCAAAACAGAUCAAAAUGAUUCAUAUAAAAAUGAAGUAAAUUGUAAAUAUGUUUAUUUAGAUUCACACUCAUUACACCUUAAGGUAAUACGAACUGGAGACAUAGAUUCCAUUACUAUUUUUAAGACAUGUAUGCCCCUUGUUUUCAAUAAACAGCAAGUUAGUAUUUCAAUAACCACACAUCGCAGCUAAAUAAAACUUCACAACAGUCUUCGCCAGUGUAAAGUAGAACCAACUGAUUGACGCAUUUUCCUUUAUUCCAACUUUUAUUUUGAUGAGGUUACGUUCUUUUUGUACUUAUGCCACUGUUUUCUUUCUUUUGUUCAACAAUAAACUGUUUGUAUUUGUCAGCGAAUUGGUAUCUCAGUGAUUAUAUAUCACAAUCAAAAACAUUUCUUCGCUAUGUUUAUACCAACUGAAUUAAAUAUAUUGCAUACUCUUGCUUUCAUUUGAUUGAAAUUAUGCACACUUUUAUAUUUGGCCAUAUUUUUCUUUAUCAAUAAUGCUGUGAAAUGCCGUUUAUACAAGAAGAACUAUGUCGAAUAUUAAGAGUUAUUGAGUGUAAACUGACAACUUUCGCUUUCUCGUCAACGGAAUGUUUAUCAAAAAUCCAUCAGUUUUGAUCGAUUUGGUCACUCACUUCAAGUGCCUUAACAAACCAUAUUUUAGGCGUGAACCAAUAAACAUACACUUGGUGAAUGCGCAUUCUGGAUAAAAUGCACAAGUGAGUGUCACCUUUUUGUAAUUCAUCUUGCCAUAUUGCUUGUUUGCAAAAUUUCUUCAAUAAAUCAUAAUCACUAGUGCAGUCGUCACACGAUGUACGGACGGCUUUAUUUUUUAAAUUAACAAACUUGAGAUAAAUUAGGUAAAUUGUGUAUUUACCUAAUUUCACUUUCGCUGAUAUUCGUAGUUUUAGUUUAACUUACCUUUUAAAAUUAAAAUAUUAACCAGUUAGAAUACAUUCGACCCCCUGAAAAAUGUUUGAAACAAAGCAUUCGGCUAUAAAUUGUGUUGCACAUGUAACAAAUAAUUGAAUUUUACGACGGUUCUUAUAAAACCAUAAUGCUGCGACUACACGAGUUGCGGGGGUUGGGGCAUUCCCAUUUGUCAAUAUAUGGAAAUUGUAAGACAUCAAAUAAAUGCAUAGAAAACAACAACAAAACAAUAUUUAGGCUUAUAUUCUCAUGUUAAAGAAGUAAAUGAAGUCAAAUUUUCACGUCACGAACAGAAUUAUCCUAAAGAAAACUUGUCAUUAGAAUUUGAAACCUGAAGCACAUUAUUUUAAUACUUUAUAGUUCUACAGAACUGUCACGUAUUUAACGUCUUAUCUUUAUUAACUAUUGCUUCUAGAAUUAUACAAGAAUUUGAAUUUGUUUAGCAUGGGAAAAUGUGGACAAAAACAAAAACGUAAGUUCUGUUUGUCGAGGUGAUUGAACUGAAGCAAUGAUUGCUUUACUGGUAUAUAUAGAGCAUUGAAAUACUCUUUUUCUGGGAAACACAAAUAUAUCAUAAUCAUGAAAAUACUUAGGACAAAACGUUAGGAUUAAAAUAACAACAAUAUCAAAUAAAUUUAAAAAUACCUGUGACUGUUUUCAUUAAUGUUUUUUUACACGAACAUUCAGUUACUGCAUGUACUUUGUUUUGAAAGAGUCAUAUACGUCUGCAUUUGGUAUAAAGUAUUAAUAGUUUGUAUCUUGGUUAUUUCAGCAGUUGGUUUUCUCAGUUUUUAUGUUUCUACCUUUUAUGUAAACCUGUAUAUACAUACAUUUAGUGAUUGAAACUCAUUAUAGCUGUAUAAUAAUUGUUUGCUAUUUAAUCAUGAUCAGUCUCAAAAAGAAAUAGUGUCAAAAACGUUGGAAAUAAUGAUGACCCUAAAAAAUUACCUGUGUAAAGCAAACUUACAAGCGAAGCCUGGUUUUCUAAAAACAAAACAGAAGCAAACACUUUAUAUAGGAAAAUCCAUUGAUAACCAAAUAUAUUGACGGGAAAUUUGGUUUGUCUGCGGAUGUCUUUUAAUUGCUAGAGGGCGUGGAUGGUAGCAUCAAUUUCCACUACCGUCCAUGAACAGGCUCAGUCGAACCAAGCCUGCAACAUUUUCUCCUUUUUUGUCGUGUUGGGAGACCGGUGGAGUUUCGACUUUUUGUUUUUCUAUUUUGUUUAUUUUUCAUUUAUAUUAUUUGCGAUUUUGCGAUUAUCUGCAAUGCUUUUCCGAAUUAUAUACAAUUUUCAUACAUGUAUCGGGAGCUGCUUGUCAUUUAGAGUUUCAAUGAACGACUGCUUGAUAUUUCAUUCUUGUGUUUACAUAACAAACCUGAAAUUUUACUGUGCAAAUAUGCGCAAAUGUCUUUUUCAAAGAAAAUCAAGUUUUCACUAGUUAAUUAUAUGAAGGGCAAGCGCGAAUGAAAAUAAAUGCUAUGUCACUGUUAUUCUUGCUAGCUGAUUUAGGCAUAACCUUUUGCCUUAGAUCAGUUGUCUGCUUAUUUUUAUUGUAUUUGGAUAUGCAUUUUUUUCUCAAUCAGAAUGACUUUUAUAGCCACCACUAAUACGUUUUGACUGUUAAUAAUUUUUAUUGUAAACAUUUACAAUCACAUUCAGUAAUUACUGUCUUUGGAACGAGUAGUAUACCUCUGCAAUCGGUAGCAUGUUGGUCCACAAUGUCUGUAAAUCAGAUUUAGACAAAAUUGUCUGCUAAGCAUACCUUUGCGAAUGCAUGCCUAAGGGAAAACUUUAGUUAAAGAAUGGUGAAAUUAAGUACAGUGUACAACCUGACUAAAGUACUUGAUCUUCUAAACAAAGAUCUGAGGAUGACCUAUUCAUAUUCAUCUUUCUGUAUAUUUGGAUUUCCGAUAUUGCUACUUCUUAUUUUGGCAAAUCUAUUUUUAUUUGAACCAAUUGGAGGACACGUUUCAACAUGCAUUUAGCUGAAUAACCAAAAUAACGUCGAAUCUCACAGGGUGAGAAAAAAGUGCAGUCAGUCCGGGGCUCGAACCCUGAUCCCUCGCGUAUAAGAUAAGUGUUCUACCGACUGAGCUAACCGGCUGCCUGACAAAUAUGCUUCCCUUACGUGACCAAGUCCGUGCAUUGACAUAUGGUUACCUCUCAAAACACGAGUGCGCAGUCAUGAGAAUUAUUAUUAUAAAUAUGAAAACCCCAAGGUAAAUAUAGAGUUUUAAACUUCUACUUUCACUUUCAAAAUGUUAAAAGCAAAGCUGUGAUUGGCUAGCCGAAGUGUUGUCAGAACAAGUCUAUCAAUAGCACGUCUUCAGAUCCAACGCGUAGCAUUAAUUGGAGAUGUACUUUAGUCAGAUUGCUAAAGUCUAAAAUAUUCACUUAAGGACGCUCGCUACAGUUUCGUAAUUUUUUUCUCAAUAAUAUAUUUUGAUGAAAUGUUUUGUAUAAAAAGAUCAUGUUAUGAUGUAUGGAAAAAAGAAAUAAAAAUACUAGGUCACCAGCUUUGUUUCAAUUUAAUUUGCCCCUAGAUAUGGUGCUAUUUUAAACAUUUUUCAAAAUUUCUGCAGUCCUAAAAUGUAUUUCAGUAAAGUACAAUAAUCAGCAUAAAUUUGAUUAUCUAAGCAUUUUUAUAACGGAAAACAAUAUAUCUAUUUGAAACAUGCUCAGAGAAAUCAAAAGAACAUGAUUUUGUAAAGAAAGGAAUAGUUUUUCAACAGACCCAAGGGCUAUUUUUGCUUAUUUUUGUCAGUUUUAAGUUGGUACUUCUGCUGUUUUAUCGAGUUUCACAUAAUAGAAUUUAAUCAAACUCUGCACAUACAUUUGGUUAUGUCUACCUAAUCUAAAACAAAAAGAAAAUUGAUAGGUCACCUUAUUAGAUUUCGCUUAAAUCAAAUUACAACGAGGUGGGGUGUGGCGGGCAUUUAUACAACGCAGGUUGGUACGAAAUACUCUUUCAGUGUUUGAGCAAAUGACUUAGAAAUAUAUAUAUAUAAAAUUAUCAAACGGUAGAUUUCUUAAUAAGCGGAUUUUAAGGUGUUUCUGAAGCAUUUUAAUGGCAUAGAACGAUGAAAGUUUCCGCCCCUUUUUUAACAAAACCUAUAGUUUACGAAUGUACGGUACGGGUACGGUACGGGAUUAGAAACAGCUGUGACUCAAUGCAGAGUUUGAGCGCUGGUAUAAAUAACAGACUCCAGUAUAUGUCGGAUUGAAGCAAUUUGAACUAAAAGAACUUUUAAUGUAUAUAUUUUGUAACCAUGGUGAUACUUACUCUAACCUUUACUCAGUAUAUUAUACAUUUUGUGCAUUAAAUGCAUGCGAACAUACAAUAAUUUGCGAAUUUUUGCCGUACGCGACAUUAGAUAAUCACUUCCGGGCAUGCGCAGAAAACCGCACCAACUCUGCAGUGAGCUACAUCGAUUAGAAACACAAGGACGGAUUACACCAAACCGAAAGUGACUACUCAGUGUUACAUGUGAAGUAGUCCAAAAUGUAGUUCCAUGCUAUGGAUGAAAUCUGGUAUAAUGAGUGACAUGAGGAGGUGACAGUUAAAUUUUUGGCUUAUGUUUAUUGCUUAUAGUAUUGAGAAUAGAUCUAGACCAUUUUCAUUGUAAAUUUCUUGGAAUAAGUUUUAUUCUUUGCGAAAAAUGUCUACCUACGCGUAACUGCUAAACGGCUGUUUUCAUGGGGGCAUUUUUAGAGGGUGAUGUUUCUCAGAACAGAUUAUUUUUCUUAUAUUCAACAUAACAUGUCAAUAUUUUUCUAUUUUUGAUAAGAAGACAUGUUAUACUAAAUGACCAUAUAUGGUUUUCAUAUCAUUGAAAUGCUCUAAAGUGCUGAAAAUGAGUUCUGAAUGUUUUGUAAUUAAUAUGAAAUAAAUAAGGAAUUGAAUUGGUAGAAUGUAACCUAUAAGUUGUGAAGGGGUAAAAAAAUAAACUUGUUUAGAUGUGGCUGUAAACAGGCUAGUUUGGCCAGAUUAUGAUAGAAGAUGACAAUUUCAGUGCAAUUUAGCAGAGAAAACGAAGAAAAACUAAAAAUAUUUCAAAAUCACUGUUUUGGGUGUAUUUUUUUCAAAAAAUGCAUAUUUAUUCACUAAAUAUUGGUAUGUUUUAGGUGUCAGGGGUGAGUUUGGGUAUAUUUUACAGUAACAGUGUGUGAUUUGAGUGCACUUUAUGGUAAAACUUGAUAAAAUAUGGCAAAAAUAAGCUCAAGCAAGGAAAAGUGGUCAAAAAUGAUGUCGCGACAGCUUUUUUCCAGGAAAUUUGGCGCGCUAGCAUAUGUUACUGAAAAAGCCAUAAAACCUUGAAAAUUGAUUGUAUCAAACUGAAACUGGUAUUUUUUUCAUGCAUUUAGGCUACUGGUACAAUUUAAGUGAAAAUAACACAUUUUGAGUAUGAAAAAUGUUUCUUUAAGGACGGAUUACACCAAACGGGAAGUGACUACUCAGUGUUAUAUGUGAAAUAGUCCAAAAUGUAGUUCCAUGCUAUGGAUGAAAUCUGGUAUAAUGAGUGACAUGAGGAGGUGACAGUUAAUUUUUUGGCUUAUGUUUAUUGCUUAUAGUAUUGAGAAUAGAUCUAGACCAUUUUCAUUGUAAAUUUCUUGGAAUAAGUUUUAUUCUUUGCGAAAAAUGUCUACCUACGCGUAACUGCUAAACGGCUGUUUUCGUGGGGGCAUUUUUAGAGGGUGAUUUUUCUCAGAACAGAUUAUUUUUCUUAUAUUCAAAUAACAUGUCAAUAUUUUUCUAUUUUUGAUAAGAAGACAUGUUAUACUAAAUGACCAUAUAUGGUUUUCAUAUCAUUGAAAUGCUCUAAAGUGCUGAAAAUGAAUUCUGAAUGUUUUGUUAUUAAUAUGAAAUAAAUAAGGAAUUGAAUUGGUAGAAUGUAACCACAACCAAAUUGGCACGGCGUUGGGGUAAAUAUCGACCCGUCCGGAAAAACUGUAGCGAGUGCCUUUAAUAUCGAAGUUCAGCAGUUGGUGUAUGCAAUGAAGAGACUGAAAUAUAACCAGAUACUGUUUUGUGUUAUAUUGUGCCUCUGCAUCAUAUAUCUAGUUUGUUUGUCUUUUCAUAAAAUAUUAAGUUAUUUCCUACCUCACCGACUGGUAACGUUUACGUGUACGUGUGUGCGAUUGGUAUCGUUUGUGUGUACCUGUGUACAUGUGCGUAUGUGUGUGUAUGUAUACUUGCGUGUGGGUGAUCAUGCAUGUGCGUGUGUGUGCGCGCGCCUGUGUCUGUGGCUUAAAUCUGAAUUAUUUAACAUUUAACAGUCCACUAGACUGACUCCCCUCCGAGGAAAAUAAAGUUAUCUGGAUUAUCUGCAACACACUUCCUAAUCUAACAUUAAGCAUAUACCUAAAAGACGCCACCGCAUCUGCCGGACUUUGUAUAGGCUUUUGUCACGGUCUAAAUAUUUAUCGAAGUCAUCUGAGAGAAGUAUUUUCCCUCACAACUCUAGGCUAGCUCCUAGACCAUUAUAUAUCUUUUUUAUAUUUUUAUGAUUAAAUGUAGUGAACUGGGCCAGUCUAUAUUCUAUGUCUAAUAUCAUAUUUAACAUCAUUCCUCUGUGAAAAUCUCUGAAAUAGACUGGGUUUUGUCUCUAUAAAUUAAAUUCAUCAAAACUAUCAGACAAAUGUAGAAAUAUAUUAUUAUCAGUCUAGUUGCUAGUCUAUCACAACUCGUACUUUAAUUUUUUCAUACAAAUGAAUAGUUUUAUGUUUCAAUAUACUAGAAUCAAGUCUACUGACUUCAAGCUACUCGCAUACACCUUCGGUUUCUAUUGUUAAAAUCUCUAUCAUGCUGUUAAAUGUAUCUCUAACAUUGGUGAAUAUUAAAAGAAGUGAAAUCUCGUAAUAAAUAAUUGUAAGACAUUCA